AUGGUAGAUAUGUUAACUACUAAUAAACAAUCAUUUAUGGAUGCACCAAUUCCGAUUCCAAUAAAAUCAAGACCAAUUAAAACCGACAAACCAAGACCAUUUUUGUGUUCAAUAUGUACAAGAGGCUUCGUUAGACAAGAACAUUUGAAAAGACAUAAAAUAUCACAUACUAAUGAAAAACCCUUUUUAUGCAUAUUUUGUGGUAGAUGUUUUGCUAGAAAAGAUUUAGUGUUAAGGCACCAAUAUAAACUACAUCCUUCUUUAAUAAGUAAAAAAGAAGCAAUUAAUGAUACUGUCUCAGAAAAUGAGGGAACUGUAAAUAACACGAAUAUUGUCAAAAUCGCAGGAAAUAAGAAAACUAUUCUUCCAACACCAUUAAAUCCUCUUGGUAUGACAGCUGCUGAGUUAAAAAAACAAAAUAAGAUUGAUAAAAGAAAUCACACAAUGCUUAAAGGAAGUUCCAAAAGAAUAAAAGAUAUUAAAACGGACAUGAUUAAGAGAGAACUUGAUAGCAGUAACGCUGACAAUAAUAUAAGUAUCCUUAGUGACAGUAGCUCCGAAAUUUCAAAUUCUGUUAGUCCAACAUAUGUGUCACCUACUGGUAACUUGAAGGCACCUCCUGAGAAAUUUAGAAAAAGACAUGCAUCCUUCUCAGCAUCAAAUGUAUAUACCUAUAGACCAGACAAUUUACAAGUUCCAUUUCCAGAAAAAGAUGAAAAUGAGAUGGCAAUCGAUACUCCUCAUCAAGUAGGAUUUUCUACUCCUCAAGUGACUCCUAAUAGAUUGUUAGAAAAAGUUUUUAAUUCAGAUUAUCCAGAAAAUGAUCCAUUCCAAUUUAGUUUGGAUGAUCCUCUCCUUCAAAAUGUAUACAAUGAAAAAUUCGAUGGAAAUCCAUUAAUACAAGGUAAUCAUACCAACGUGAACGGCUCACCUUUACAAGGAAAUACUGAUGGUAAUGCUUAUUUAAGUUCCACACAAGAUGAUAUAUUAUCUAAUCCAAAGCUUCGUAACAGUGAUGGUGUUUUAAAUAGCUCAUACAUUCAUUCAGCAUCAUUCUUAUCAUUAGCUAAUCUGUUGACGAAUAGUUCAAUAGGUCAAGGUGGUUAUUCUAAUAAUAGCAUGAUAUUUAACAAUGUUGGUAUCAAUAAUCAUUCAACAAGUAUGAGUAACUUGUUUGAUUACUUUAGUAAUCCUAGUGAAUUGAAUUUAGCUGAUAAAAAUAAUUUAACCAAUAAUCAAUCUAUUAAAUCAUUGAAGAACAAUAAUAAUUUAAAUGAUAAUCAACUAAAAGUUGAAGCUAAUAAUUCAAAGUUACCUAUUUUAAAUAAUAGAGAUAACUUUGAUGAUAAAUGGUUGGAUGAUUUUUUGACAGGCAAUUCUCAAUUCCAAAAUGUGGAUCUCGAUAAAUUCAAAUUAUCUUCAAAGCAUUUUAAUGAUAUUGGCUUUGUCAGCCAAAAUUAUAGUCCUUCGGAAGACUCUCAGAACAAUUCCAAUGCCGUUUCUCCAAGAGUUGAUCCACGUCAUCUAAGUUCUGAAACAAUUUCCUUGGAAAAUACAGUGUCUCCACUAACUGAUUUAGGUACGGCAAAUGACUCAAGUUUACCAUCUUUUGUUACUGAUAUUAAUAAAAGUAAUAUCUUAACAGCUAACAAUCCAAACAAACUCAAAUAUAUCAAUAAUGGAAGAAAAAAUAGUGUCGUUACUCAAUUUUUUAAUAACCGUCAACAUGCAGUUUUCAAUGAAGACUGUCAUUUCAUGAAUGACAGUCUUCAUUCUGCAGAAGGAGCAAAUAUGUUUAACUCGAAUUUACGAACCAAGCAGGAUCCAAUGAAUAAUACAAAUAAUAUCAAAUAUCCAGAAUUUACUGAAGAGAUUCGUACCUACAUAAUAAGCAGUAACAGUUUAUCUGGAGAGUUAUUCCCUACAGUUGAAGAAUUAAAUUCAUAUACAAAGCUAUUUAUUAUUAAAUUUCAUAGUCUUUUCCAGUUUAUCCAUAUUCGUUCUAUUGAAAUCAAACCUGAUAAUUAUACCUUUAUUUUAUCAUUAACAGUCAUUGGAGCACUACACUCUUUCCAUUCCACACACGCUAUGCUAUUAUCAAGAAUUUGCUGGACUCAAAUCAAAAAUAUUAUAAAUAAGCUUAGCCAAACACAUAACUAUGCGAAUACUCCUCUAUGGGUAAUUCAGGCAAUGAUCUUGCUUAUCUUUGUCAACAUUUUUAAUAAUAAUUUGAGUGUUGAUCAAAAGAAGAUUAUUCAUGCUCAAAUUAGCACAUUGGUGGAGUUGAUUAAAGUAACAAAAAUCAACCUACCAAUCGAAAGCGUUGAAAAACCCCCAAUUCAAAGUAAUCAUGCUAUGGACUACCAGGACCAUCCUGAGAACUUAUCUAAAUAUUUGGCUCAGUUUAAUACUUCUGAACAAAUUGACAAAGAUUUCCAAUAUUUUAUCAAGGCUCAACAACGUAUUAGAACAUGCCAUGUCUUUUUAAUUGUUUCUAUCAUGUUUACAAAUAUGGCCGGUAUCGAGUGUUAUUUCCAUUCAACUGAUGUCAAAUGUGGUAUACCUUGUUAUCUUCCAGAGAUGUUCGACUGUAGUGAUUCUGUACAAUGGUAUGAGAUGUUACAGAAAAAUAAAAUUAGAUUAGACUCGAAGUUUGCUCUACUAGAACUAUGUAAUGGAGGUGAAACGUAUCAAAAUUGUUUGAAUUACUUGGCAAAUGGCAAUAAAUUCUUUUAUGAAAAUGAAAAAUUAUCAUUUAAGACAUUAUUAUCAUUAUUGAUAGGUAUACAUGAAAAGAUAUUUUUGGAAAAUAACAAGUUAGCACUUCAAUAUGAUAGAAAUUCAUUAGAAGGUGAAAUACAAUGGAGAUCAAACUCUAAACCAAUCAUUGAUUUUGCCAUGAAAAACUGGGAGGCUUUAUAUGUAAAGAAUGGCGGUGUUUUAGCUACUGCAGAUGCUGAACUAAUUAAAAGUUUUACUGCAACGAAUAUUGAAGCGUUACUGAUUAUCCCAAUGCACUUAUUGGCAUGUAUUCGUAAAUGUGUUAAUAUUACUCCUAUAAUGAGCACAAUAUAUCAACAAGAUUGGGGUAAGUUGAAUAGAAUUUUGGAGAAUAAAUUUUUUUACUGUGACCUUGACUCUGUGCAUGAGGCUACUGAAUAUUCAUUAAUGGCCAUCAAUUUUUGGAUUGAAACUGUAGCUGUUGUUGAUAAUGCACAGAAGACAUCUAAAAGAACUCCAAUUUUUUCUGUAAUGAGUAUUUUUGUUUCUAUAUUCAUCAUUGCUGAACAAAUGAAGAGAAUUGAGGACUGGGCUUUUACUAUUACUAACGAAGCAUUGACACCAAAUUCCUUACCAUCUAUGUUAAAACCAUCUGAUAGAAUGAUGUGGUUAAAAUGUGAACAAAUUUUGAAAAAAAUUGAAUUAUAUCAACUACCAAAAGGUUACAAUAAAGAGACGUAUUCUGAAUUUUUAAGAACUCAAGCUAAUGGUGCUUUAGAUGUUGAUGUAUUAAACGAUAAAUUAGCUAUAUAUGCAAUGGAAUCCUCCACAAACAUUCAAGAAACAGCAAAUGUCAUCAAGAAGGCAAGUCUAUCGACAAGAAGUUUAUACCUUGGUGUAAGAAUAUUAGGUGAUGCUCCUAUAUGGCCAAUUGCAUUAUUGUUAGCACAUGCAUUACAGUCGAGAGCUAUUUAUGUAAGAGCAAACUACAAUAUUCAUAAUUCAUAUAUGAACAACAUUAGCAACCAACUAUUUGAUUCUAUGAAUGUCGAGACAUAUUACAACUCAGUAUUACAUUCAACAGACCCAGGUAAUGAAAUUCUUAAGAAUUCCAAUACAUUUAAUCAAUUAGAUAACACAACUAUGAACAUAAAUAACACCAAUAAAGGUUUCCAAACGGAUUCAGAUGAUGAUGGAAUACUAAGAUUUUAG